UAUACAUAUAUAGACAUAUACAUUGGAUACGCAUAUACGAAUUAUAAAAAGCAAAAAUCAUGGAACAUAAUGUAAAUAAUAGUGAAAUGUUAGAAAGAACUUCUAGAAAUGCAGUUCGAAUGAGUACUAGAGUAAGAAGAAAAAGUCCAUCCCGAUAUUCUCCUAGCAGAAAAUCAUCUACUGGUCGUUCUUCUAGAAGAUCACCUGCAAGAUCACCUGCUAGAUCACCUGCUAGAUCACCGGCACGAUCACCUGCAAGAUCUCCAAAUGCUAAUAAAAGGAAACUUCCAUUUCGCAAUACAAAAUAUGCCAAAGUAUCUAUUCCCAGAAUAGAGUUUCCAACUGAAAAAAUUAAUAAUGAGCAAAACACUAUCGUAACAAGAAACUCUACUUUUAAUGAUAAUCAAACUGAUACAAUGCCACUUCAUUAUCGGUUGAAAGAACUUGAAGCUGUGUCACGAAGAUCGAUACGUAUGUCUAGCACACCAAAAAUGGAAUCGUUGCAUAAAUUCACAGCAUUUACCAGAAAUUUUGAUAGAGCUGUUUCUUUACCAGUGGAACGAAAAUCUCUAUUACAUGAUAUAACUGAUGGAAAGGAGAGAGGCUUUUCUGUACAGAGAGAACAAGAUUUGAUUAAUAAACCAAUAGAAUUUGAAGGAAACACGGAAUCAGAAUUAAUAAUAGAAAAACAUAAAAACAAAAUAAAUUUAGUUAAUGAACCUCAGGAAUGGGGAGGAUGGUUCGGAACUUAUAUUCUUUUGUUUGUCUUACCUCUAACUAUAAUUGCACCACAAUUACUUUGCUCAAAAGACACGUAUAAAUUAGCGUAUCAAGAAAUACCAAUUGACCUACAGUUAUACAUCAAUGCUUAUUCAUUUUUUGGAUACCUGUCAUUUUUACUUUUACUGACUAUUUUUUCUUUUAUUCCAAUUGGGAGGUGCAUCUACGGACAACAAAGUAAAAUUGGUAGAUUACAGUAUCGUAUGAAUGGAUUUUUAUGUGCUGCAUUAUCACUGGCCAUACUCUGCAUAUGUGUAUAUAAAAAAUUAAAACUUCAUGACUUUAUUUUAGAAAAUUCUUUACAAUUGAGUACUAGUGGAUGGAUUCUUGGAACAAUUAUAGCUAUAUUCUUAUAUAUUAAAGCAAAUAAAGCACCUGUUGCGUGUCUUAAUAUAUGCGCAUCAACUAAUAGUAUUAUAUAUAAUUUCUGGCAAGGCAGAGAAAUUAAUCCCAGACUUGGCUUUUUGGACAUAAAAAUAAUUUUAUUACGUGCUUCAGUGAUUGGAUUAAUUAUUGUAAAUUUAUCUGUUAUAAUUAAAUCAUUAGAAAACAGUAGUAGUUUGGAACUGAAGGAUAUUAAUUUAGCAGAAUUAUUAGUAUCCUCUUUACAAAUAUUUUAUAGUAUGGAUAUGUUAAUGUACGAAUCAACAGUUUUGACAUCCUUUGAAAUUAUGUACGAAGGUACUGGAUAUAUGCUGUGCGUCGGUCAUUUACUCUAUCCUUUUUUACCAACUAUUUUAUCUAGAUACAUGUUGUUUAGAAGAACACCAAUAAACUAUUUCUUCAUAAUACCUAUCCUAAGUUUUAUUAUCGGAUACAUUAUAUACAGAAUUAGUAAUUCUCAGAAGGAUGAAUUUAGAAAAAAUCCAUUAUCUUCUGCAUUAGAUCAUUUAACAACGAUUUCGACAUCACGUGGAAAAAAAUUAAUAGUAUCUGGUCUUUGGGGAUAUGUAAGACAUCCCAAUUAUUUGGGUGAUAUUAUAAUGCAAUGGUCUGUAUCUUGUUUGAGUAUGACAAAUGAAAUUUUACCUUAUUAUGCUCCAUUAUGUUGCACUAUAGUGUUAAUGCAUCGUGCAAUACGAGACAAUAGACGUUGUAAAUUGCGUUAUGGUUAUGCCUGGGAACAAUAUUGCUCGAGAGUAAAAUAUAUGAUUAUAGAUCGCGUAUUUUAAAUAUUUUUUUAUUGUAA